UGAGGCUCUUGAGACUCUGGCACGCCCUUUCACUCAACGAAGGCACACUGAGCCGUUCGUUCAUCAACCACACACACUGCUGGCUAAUCCAUCAUCUGUUCCACCACACCAGUACUUCACGCUCACACUUCUGCUCAAUACGCAAAAGGCGUAUGCAGAUGAGAUAAAAGCACUGCGUUCACCAACCCGCCACAUCACGUCUACCCUCGCCGGUAUGUGAGAAGUCCAGCCGUCGCCACAAGACGAUGUUGCCGAUCGAGUCGGCCGACGCGAUCAGGGUGUCGAGCGCGUUCACCGCCACUGCCAACACGGGCGCCUGGAUGGACCGACCGGCAGACAGAGAGCACUAGACACAUGGCGUUGAUUGCGUGUACUGUACGUUGUGGUGCUUGAGGUAGUGCAUCUUGUAGUUGGCGCUCUUUGCCAGCGAACAGAUGUAUAUCUGCACCACAAACAAACCAAGCCAAACACACACCGAGGUCCCAGAGGUCUUGACGGACGGACAGAUGCCGUCUACGUGAUGUGCCUGACUGACGUCUCUGUCUUCCGACGCCGAAAUGAGGAAGCCCCCUCCGUACACAGAGAAGCAGUUGCGCAGCGGCAACAACGAAUGCGCCACCUGCACACAGAUGUGCCAGUGACAAACACACACCCAUACACCCACACACACACAUCCACGUCUGUGUCUUCGGGGGAGAGGGAGCGGGGGCACCCCAAAACGCACCUUGACCCGUUGCCUGACGAACAGGUUAGUGAGGACGCCCUGCGGCGGUCCGUAUAUGCAGUCGAUGAUAGUAAUGUGGGAAUCGCAGCUGUUGACCAGCAGACAGGGGUUGCUGUCGGGGCUGUUCGAGCCCACAAAGGUAAUCCAAGUCACCGCACCCUAGGAUAAGGAUGCACCCACCGUCCAUCCACACACACAUCCAUGGGGAAUGGCUGGCCUGCCUACGCGCGAGAGGUGGUACUUGAAUUUGAACUUGAGCGUGUUGGAGUCGGAGGUCUCCAGCACGUGGAUGGCGCCGUUCUUGGUGCCCGCCAGGCAGAACAGCCCGGUGUCGUCAAACUUCAACGCACGCACCUCCGACUCAACCUGACAGCUCCCACACAACCACAAUGAACCCCAUGUGUGUGCGGAUAUCUGUAUGUGUUUGUGAGGGAGGGAGGGAGGGAGGGAGGGGGGGAGUCAUGUUGCCUGCCUGCCUGCCUGCUCGAGUUGCUAGCUUACUUUGAGCUUUUGCACGACGAGCCCAUUCUGCACGUUGACGAGCCGCAGGACGGCGUUGGCGUUGGCGGCGACGAACACCGACGGGUUGAAGGGCAGAAAGGCCGCCACGAGGGCCGGGCUGCUGUCGGGGAACACCUUCAACAUCUCACCUGCACACACACCGCACCAUUGGCAGUGUGUCGGGGAGAGGGGAGAGAGGGGGGGAGAGUUCAGGGGGUGGUGCCGUGCCACCGACCUGUGUCGACGUUCCAGAAUCUGACUGAUUUGUCGAUGGAGGUGGUGACGACCUGGUCCUCCAGAAGGUUGAAAAACAAAGACGUCACCGCCCGCUGAUGGCCAGUCUGUCCAUUCAACACACACACACACACAGAGAGAGAGAAAGAGAGAAAGAGACACAUUCCCGAGAUGGAUGUGUGUGUGUGUGUGUGUGUGUGUGAGAGAGGAGGGUCCUGGUGAAAGAUGUGCACGGCGACCGACGGACCAUCCUGGAGUGUAUGGCGAUGUUGGAGUGUUCCUGGGGCACCGGCUGGGCCUCGUUGGUGCGGAACGGGACGUCCUUCAAGAUGGACAGCUCCAUCUCAGUCCGAUAACACCUGCACACACCCCACACACAUGCACCCCUCCCCCCACACCCACACCCUCCCGCCUCCCGGCAUGCAUACCUAUACACGGUGACGGAUCCGUCCUUUGCACCCGUGGCGAGCAGCACAUAUCCCCUGUGGUGCCUUUCCUGUCCGAACGACAGGCAUGUGACUGCGCUCUCGGUCUCCUGCAGUUCCUGCACCGGACGAAUGUCAGCCCAUGCAGUGUCGGUGCGCCGGUCGGCCGCUCGCAUGCCCUCGGUGCCCUUGAGCGAGGCCUGCAAUGGCCCAUCAGUGGGUGCGUUGAGCGCCCCUUCCCUGCGAGUGUCGAUGUUGCUGUCGGCCUCGGUCGGCAGCUCGUGUUGCUCUUGUUUCACCGAGAUCCUGGCUUGCAAGGCCUCGAUGACCGCCUGAGCAUCAUUGAGCUGUCUGUUCCUCUCGCCCAGCUGGGCCUCGAGGGUCAUGAUGCUGUCCUGCUGCUGCAUGAGCUGCCGCUCCGCCUCGAUGAGCCGAUCAGCCGUUUCCUCAAGAGUAAGCACACGGGGCGAUAAUGGCUCUGGUGAUGGCUCACACAUCGCUGCAAUUGCAAGCACACAAGUGUGGGAGGAUGAAUGCCAUGCUCGGUGAGUGAAGCGUAGCCGUGUGUACCUCUUCGUGUGUUGACGGGGCAGGGAGGCGGUGGCAGACGCUAGAUCUGAC